AUGUCCCUCAACGUAGCCCAACGCCGUCUCCUCCAAGAAUACCGCUCCCUAACCAACAACCCACCCGAAGGCAUCACCGCGGGCCCCAUUUCCGAAGACGACCUGCUGCACUGGGAAUGCUUGAUCCAAGGGCCCGAGGGCACCCCCUUUGAGGGCGGCGUGUUUCCCGCAGAGCUUAAGUUCCCGAAUGAUUACCCGCAUAUGCCACCGAGCAUGAAGUUCCUGGGGGAUGUGUUUCAUCCUAAUGUCUACCCCUCAGGCCUAGUCUGCAUCUCGAUCCUCCACCCACCCGGCGACGACCCGAACCACUACGAGAAGGCCUCGGAAAGAUGGUCACCCAUUCAGUCCGUCGAGAAGAUCUUGCUGUCGGUUAUGAGCAUGUUGGCGGAGCCUAAUGACGAGAGUCCAGCGAACGUGGAGGCGGCCAAGAUGUGGAGGGAGAGGAGGACCGAGUACGAGGACAGAGUGAAGGCGAGUGUGAGGGCUAGUUUGGGACUUUAA